UGUGCUCUUACAACUAAGAAAAAUUUGGGGAGAUGCAUGCUAGACUAUGGUGGGAAGAGAACCACGCCAAAAUACAUGAAAAAUACUUGUGAGAUUAUAAAGAAGCUAGACAUAUGUCCUAUUCUUGUCCGGGUGUGUUACAAUCCCAAUCAUGUAGAUCUAGCGGCAUUAAGGAAUGGGAAUUAUAUAAAGCUUGUAAAUCUUGUCCCUUGGAAGGCUUAUGAGAGUCUCUGUGAUGGCCUGGGAAAAUCUGCUGCUGUGUUAGUUCAGAACCCCUUGAAAAAAUACAAGCGUGGUUCAGGUGCAGGACCUGCCUUGGCAGCUGCUUUUCGAGGACUUCCUACAGCUGCCAUGGCUCCUGCGUCUGCUUGUGCAAGUGUUGUACACUAUACUCUUCUUGGAUUCAGAAAUAGCCUUGAUCCUGAACGUAAAAAGGAGUCCAUGGAAAAAUAUUGUCCAACACAACCCUGGGAAGAAGACUGAUUAAUGGUGCACUUGUGGCAUAUUACUUUGUUGUUGUACUAAAAUGGCAUUACAAUUGGAGCUCUUUUUAAUCGGCAGCGCAGUCUCUCAAGUAUCAUGUGUGAUCUGGUAGAUGGCAUUUCAAAAGACUAGGAUGGCAUACAAGAACAAGUUCUAAAUAUGAAAAAUUUGUACUACCGUACUUUUUUAUGAAUUGAGAAGAUACUUUUUUGUAUAGAUGUCCCGUAAGUGAACUUUUUAUUAGUUUUAUUUGGCGAUUUUUUCCCUCUAUGAUAUUGGUAGAAAGUUUGAUUAGCUUAUAUAAAUUAAAAACAUGAUGACUUGUACAA